UCUCCAUUGUGCAUCUAGUGCGCUUUGUAUGCUUAUUAAAGCCCAUGCCUUGUAGCUCAUGUAGUGACCUUAUUUAGGGAAUACGGGAGCAUUUCGGACUCAGCCUGGGUUAGGCGCUCCAGCCGUGGCUCCAAGUCCUGAAGCGAGUAAUCAGUAGUGCUAUUACAGUAACGACAAGCUGGUGAUCCAGGUGUGUGCUCGAGUUUGUGUGGUGGAUUUCAAAAACCAUGAGUCGCUUUUUGAAUUUGCUAAGGACCUGGCUUGUCAUGGUGUCCGUGAUCGCACUGGGCAACACUGUACAGAGUUUUCGUGACCACAGCUUUCUGUCUGAAAAACUUUACACUGGCGCACCAGAUUUUGUAAAUGGUCUUCAAGCAAGGACCUUUGGAAUAUGGACCUUACUGUCAUCCAUCAUUCGCUGUGCCUGUGCCAUGGACAUUAAGAAUAGGACGCUUUAUCAUGUCACAUUGUGGACAUUUGUUCUCGCUCUUGGACACUUCCUGUCCGAAGCCUUCAUGUACAAAACAGCUCAACUAACUAUUGGAGUUAUGGCUCCUCUUUUUGUUGCAAGUUGUUCUAUUGUGGGCAUGUUAAUUGGGUUCCAGUGUAUCAAAGAACCGGAGGAAGGAACUGGAGCACGGCAGAAAAAAAAGAUCUGAAUCUAGACCCCAGUGACUCAUUAUGGUUUAGUAUCACUCACACUCAGGAGAACACUGGAUGGGUUUAUCAUUGCUGACCUGAACAACCCAUAAGACCUGCUGUUUUGGAGGUUCUCUGAUCCAGUCAUCUAGCCAUCAUAACUAGUCUCUUGUCAAAGUCAUUCUUACAACUUCUUACACUUGCCCGUGUUUAUGCUAAAAAUACAUCAACUUUGAGAAGUGUUCACCUGCUGCCUAAUAUAUCCCACACCUGAACAUUUUUGCAUGUCCAUGGAUUUGUUGGGGUUUGCCCUCUGUAUUGAUGGCUUGCCUUAUUACACACCUCGCCAUGAAAAAAUAUUUUUAAAGAUUGCAAUUAUUUGAUAACUCUUUAACAGGGCCUGAAGUAGUGGAAAACCCCUGGAACGAGUACGUGAUCUUCUGGAUUUUUUUUUAUUUUAUUUGGUCUCUCAUAGUUGAGGUAUACCUAUGAUGAAAAUUAUGUCUUUUUAAGUGGGAGAACUUAUUAUUGAUUGAAUUAAAAGCUGACUAAAUACUUUUUUGCUGUA